CCUUGACGAUUCCGAAUUUGCACGCUGACAUCAUCGCCGUCAUUACACUUUUACCAUCGCGCUUACCUCGCUUGCCAAGGGUGUGGCGUAGGACGGAGCCGUAGCCGCCGUAGGAUCCGUCGGGAUCUACGUUCGUUCUCAUAAAAGGUCAUGCCACGUUCGCUGAGAUCGGAUUGGCUGUCUCUGAUUAAAAUCCGACGGGAAUACGGACGUGUCGGCUACGUGACAGUCGCAUAGAAGUCGCAGUGUGAAGCAUAUUGAGCGCAGGCGAGUAGAAAGAGAGGCCAGGCCAGGUGUGUUUGUCAACGUAACCGUCCUCUUCCGUUAAAAUAUGCCAGGGGUUACAGAGAUGUCGUUGGAUCACAUGGCUUGCUCCCGAUGCAGAGAAGGUUUCGUUGCGCACGAGAAGAUCGUCAACUCGAACGGCGAAUUGUGGCAUCCGCAAUGUUUCGUGUGCGCGCAAUGCUUCCGGCCAUUUCCAGACGGGAUCUUCUACGAGUUUGAAGGCUACAAGUAUUGCGAACAUGAUUUUCACGUUCUGUUUGCACCGUGCUGCGGCAAGUGUGGUGAGUUUGUCAUCGGCCGCGUGAUUAAGGCGAUGAACUCGAAUUGGCAUCCGCAGUGCUUCCGCUGCGAAGAGUGUAACGGCGAAUUGGCGGAUGCGGGCUUCAUCAAGUGUCAAGGCAGAGCCCUGUGCCACACGUGCAACGCCAAUGUGAAAGCCGGGGUGCUUGGAAAACACAUAUGCCAUCAAUGCCACGGAGUAAUCGAUGACAAACCUUUGCGAUUCCGCGGUGAACUUUAUCACCCAUAUCACUUCAAUUGCACAACUUGCGGCGUGGAACUCAAUUCUGAGGCUAGAGAAGUCCGCUCUCGACCUGGCUACGCUGCCAACGAAAUGAACGAGCUGUACUGUUUGCGAUGCCACGAUAAAAUGGGGAUCCCGAUUUGCGGCGCCUGUCGACGUCCCAUCGAGGAGCGCGUGGUAACGGCGCUCGGCAAGCAUUGGCACGUAGAGCAUUUUGUCUGUGCUAAAUGCGAGAAACCCUUCCUGGGCCAUCGCCAUUACGAGAAGAAGGGUCUCGCUUAUUGCGAGACUCAUUAUCACCAAUUGUUCGGGAAUCUCUGUUUCGUCUGUAAUCAAGUUAUAUCUGGUGACGUUUUCACAGCGUUGAACAAGGCGUGGUGCGUCCAUCACUUCGCGUGCGCAUUCUGCGACCAGAAGAUGAACCAGAAGACAAAGUUCUUCGAGUUCGAUUUGAAGCCCGCUUGCAAGAAGUGCUACGACAAAUUCCCGCAGGAGCUGAAGAAGCGGAUGCGACGUAUGUACGAUCUGAAUCCCAAGAGGGUCCCGCCAGCGUAAACGCACGUCUCGGACUCUUCCGUGUGAAUCUUUCAAGAUUAAUCAAUACUCAUUCGCGCCUAUAGUGCCUUAUCUGCCUUAAUGUCGACGCAAAGGAAAUAUAUAUAUAUCUAUUUGUUGCAUUGUAAUCUGUAUAGAACCUACCAAAGCUACUCUUUUGUCAAUCGUAAGUAUUAUAUACAUAUAUACUUUGACACAAUCGCUAUCUUUCAAUGUAACUUAUUUGAAAGAACUAUUGAUGUCUCUUCAAUUUGAAAUAUUAGUUUUUAAUUUGGCAUCUAUGAAUUGGGGAGAGUGCAAUAGUUCUGUAACAUUAUGUAUAUGUAAAGCAUAACAUUAGCUUACAUUUUAUAUAAUCUUUUAUAUAAUCGUGUGACACG